CAGGAUCUGCACUUUGCCGACGAGCAUCUCUGCCGUCCUGCUUCACUACAGUGAUCACUGCCCCCUGAUCUGCGAAAAAUACACAGGGACUCCUCAGAAAAAGGCAAGAGUUCAUCAAUGUAACUCCGGUCAGUCAGAAACUGCGCCGUUCACCUGGAUAAGUCCACCUUGACGAGAGAAGAGAUAAAGACAGAAUAAAAAGAGUCAAACGCGAGUGGAGUGUUGACGUAGAAUUGCGAAGGAAAAGAGAAGAAUAUGAUUGUCAAGCAGUACUUGAUGUUCAUCCUUUACAGCCUCUGUGCAAGCGUCUUUAAAGUGGCUGGGACAAAAAGCAAAGCUAGAGGUAUCCUGGGUCAGAUCCCCAUAACUCAGAAUGUGACGGUGGUGGAGGGGGCCAUAGCCAACAUGACCUGUCGUGUGGAUUACAAUGAUAACACUUCCCUCCAGUGGUCAAACCCUGCACAACAAACUCUCUUCUUUGGGGACAAAAAAGCUCUGAGGGAUCACAGAAUUGAACUAGUUCGAGCCUCAUCGCAGGAGCUCACCAUCCGAAUCAAUGACGUCAGCCUGUCAGACGAGGGACUGUACACUUGCUCGCUCUUCACGAUGCCUGUCAGGACCACCAAGGCCUUUCUCACUGUUCUGGGUGAGCAUGUGCAUUUUGGUGAAGUCUCCAUAGGAGUGCCAGGACGACCAGAGAUCACAGGCUUUACCAAGCCAGCAAUGGAGGGGGACGUAGUCACUCUCACGUGCACCACAUCAGGCAGCAAACCAGCUGCUACCAUCCGAUGGUUCCGAAAUGACAAGGAGGUCCAAGGCACUAAGGAGGUGAACGCUACAGGAAAGUCAUUCACAGUGAGGAGUAGCCUUCAGUUCCAGGUGGACAAGCGGGAUGACGGCGUUGCCUACACCUGCAGUGUGGAGCAUGUGUCUUUGUCCAAACCCUACAUGACAACCGAGGUCCUGGAGGUCCACUAUGCUCCCCAUCUGGAGAUCACACAUUCACUCAUCAUCCCACAGGAAGGCCAAUACUUCAAACUGGAGUGUGUUUCCAUAGGCAACCCAAUACCUGAGCCAGUGGAGUGGUCUAAAGAUGGAGGAGAGCUGCCAGACAUUGAGCGUAUGAUUGUGGAGGGAAGGGAACUUACCAUCACUACGCUAAACAAGACAGACAAUGGCACAUACCGGUGUGAGGCCAGCAACCAUCUGGGGUCCAGUAGUGCUGAAUACAUACUGUUUGUAUAUGCCAAAGACUUUCCAGGGCCUACAACAGAUCCUAAUGCUUUAGGACAGCAUGGACCUGACCACGCUUUAAUCGGCGGAGUUGUUGCAGUCGUGGUCUUCAUCACCUUGUGUUUGAUAAUAGUCCUUGGACGAUAUCUGGCCAGACAUAAAGGGACAUAUCUAACACACGAGGCCAAAGGAGCAGAGGACGCCCCUGACGCUGACACAGCCAUCAUCAAUGCUGAAGGAAACCAUGUGCAUGCAGAAGAAAAGAAAGAGUACUUUAUUUAGACUUCUUUUUCCUCACUUCUUUCAUUUCAUGACAACCUUUGACAGCAGACGUGCAAUUUUAAGCUGUCUCAGACUCACUGCAUUGUCUUUUUUAAUUUAUUGUUCUGUCUUUUUUAGAAAGCAAUCAUGCUUAGAUAUGCUUGUUUUCAAAGCAUUCACUAACAAAAUAGCCUUCGUCUUUUGUAAUAUAAUCCAUGUACAAUUGGAUUAUGUCCUUUUCAGUUUUUCUGUGCCUAAAUGCUGUACAUUCUUCUGCAUUUCUUUCAUUGCCUGUAUUUUUCUCUACUCUUUCUUACGUUACCUGUUAUACAACCUUUUGCAGAUUUUUAAAAUUCAGAAGUAACAACAGUAAUUUUGUUCUCCAACUCAACUCUCAGCAUUUGAAAAGGUUUUUCUGUAGGAGCAAAAUAUGUUAAAUACAUCAGUUUUUAAGGAUUACAUGAUUGGCUUGGAUGUUUCCCGGAGCUAACCCUCCUCAGACAUGCCGCACACGUUUAGAGCAUCUUAAAACAGAUCAGAUACUUUAACAAACACAAAGCAGAAGCACAAUCUGAGUGAUUGUCUCGAGAUGAAAUAAUCGCCCUCUUAGCAUUGUCUGUAUAUUCCUGCACUGAUUUUUUUUUUUCCCUUUUUGUUACACUGUUGAUUUAUAACCAACAAAGAACAAGUUAGAAAAUUAAAGCACAAAGUCUGAGGACUAUUACAGAGGGGAAAAAACAUCAACUGCUUUUUGUCUCAGGAUUCAAUAUGAGUCUAGAUGGAGAGAUGGUGUCAGACAUGUGAAGAAGACUUCAGUUCAAUCGCAGUUAUUGUUGUGGAUGAAAAACGUUUCCUUUUUGUUGGCGAUUUGUUGUAAUAUCCAAACUGAAUGAGUGGAACCUUGUGUCGGUUCAUUAUUUAUGUUGAGUUUUAUUGAACAACUAUGCUAAAUGUGUGGAUAUUGCUGUAAAAUACUUUGCUAACGUGAAUAUUAGUGACCAAUAUUGUUGAAUCUUGGGAUCCCUGACACAUUGCAGUUUGUAUAUUAGCAUAUACAGCAUUUAACGGUACUUCACAGAUCUUUCAUGUUUUUCCAUUUCUUUCCAAUUUUGUUUUGCCCGAAGGCAUGUAAAUAAUAUGUAAGUAUUCAAUUUUAGUAAAAGGAAGAAAAACUCUGGUUAUAGCCUUUAAUUUCAGGUCAUAUGAGUUCCAGUCACUUCGAGGACAGCGUUUUCACAUUUUUGAAGAUUUCUUCAAACAGGGAUUCUAAUGAAAUGCUUAAAAUGUUACAAAAAAAAAUCUGGGUAAAAAUAUAUGUAUUUAUUAUUAUUAUGGCUGAUUGACUUUCUUAUAUGAUACUAUAUUGAUUGAUAUUAUUGCUGUUAUUAUGAAGUAGUUGUCUGACAUUAACUUUUCCAUUUUUAUUUCUGUAAGUUCUCAUAAAAGAACAAUACAAGGAUCACCGUUAUGGCCUUUGAGUUUGCUGCAAACAGUACUAAUGACAUGUUUAGGCAUUGGUGAAUCAAACAUCCCCUCACUGUAUAUAAUCACUGUAUCAAAGACAUUGAACCACAUUGCCAAUGCUCAUACAUGUUAUUUUGUUAGUUCAGUAUGAUGCUAUAAAUAACUCAUUUUGUACAGAUUUAAAUUGCUGUAAUUAAUUUGCUUUUUAUGGGGGAUGUGUGAGGUUUGCUUUUUUUCACAGUAUUGAAUAUUCAUUUUUCAACUAUGCCACUGUAAAAUGAAAAAAAAAAAGAUGCGAAAAAAGAGAGAUGAAGUGCGGAUUAAAAAAUGAACAA